AUGCCUGGCCUGCUGAAUCGGAUCACAGGUGCAGCCCUGCCCCUCACCGCAUCUGAUGUCACCUCCUUCGUCAGUGGUUACGCCCUGGGCCUGACCGCCUCCCUCACCUACGGCAACCUGGAAUCCCAGCCCUUCCAGGGCCUCUUCGUGUACCCACUGGAUGAGUACACCACGGUGAUCGGCUUUGAGGCGGUCGUUGCCGACCGUGUCGUGACCGUACAGAUCAAGGACAAAGCCAAGCUGGAAAGCAGCCACAUCGAUGUCUCCCAGGUCCGAUCCGCAACUGUCACAGGGAACAUUCUGCAAGAGGGGGUUUCCAUCACCCCUCAUUCCUGCACACCAGGAAAGGUAGCCUUGGAUGAGGAUUUGGAGCGAAUCCUGUUCGUGGUCAACCUGGGGACCAUUACCCCCAUGGAGAACGUCACCAUCUUCAUCAGCACCUCUUCGGAGCUGCCGACACUGCCCAGCGGGGCUGUGAGGGUCCUUCUGCCUGCUGUCUGCGCCCCGAUCGUGCCCCAGUUCUGCUCCAAGAGCACUGGCCCCUCCAACCAACAGCCCCAGGGCAAGGACAGACAUUGCUUCGGUGCCCAGGCCCUGGACUCCUGGAACAAGUUGUGCCUGGCGACUCUCCUGGACACUGAUGUGUCCAACCCCAUGGAGUAUGACUUCAGCUUCCAGCUGGAGAUCCGUGGGCCAUGUCUGCUCGCAGGGGUGGAGAGUCCCACCCACGAGAUCCGCGCUGAUGCUGCCCCUUCUGCCUGCUCAGCCAAGAGCGUCAUCAUCACCCUGGCCAACAAGCACACCUUCGACCGGCCCGUGGAGAUCCUCAUCCACCCCAGUGAGCCCCACAUGCCACAUGUCCUGAUGGAAAAAGGGGACAUGACCUUGGGAGAGUUUGACCAGCACUUGAAGGGAAGAACAGAUUUCAUUAAAGGGACGAAGAAGGACCACAGUGCAGAGCGGAAGACAGAAAUCAUCCGGAAACGCCUCCACAAAGACAUCCCCCACCAUUCUGUCAUCAUGCUCAAUUUUUGUCCUGACCUCCAGUCAGUGCAGCCAAACCUGAGAAAGACCCGCAGGGAGUUCAUCUUCCUCGUGGACAGGAGCAGCAGCAUGAGUGGCACCAGUAUCCACCAAGUCAAGGAUGCCAUGCUGGUGGCCCUGAAGAGCCUUAUGCCAGCCUGCCUCUUCAAUGUCAUUGGGUUUGGAUCUACAUUUAAGGCCCUCUUCCCUUACAGCCAGACCUACAAUGAGGAGACCUUGGCCAUGGCCUGUGAUAACAUCCAGAGAAUGCGGGCUGACAUGGGUGGCACCAAUAUCCUUUCCCCUCUCAAGUGGAUCCUCCGGCAGCCAGUGCACCAAGGCCACCCGCGGCUCCUCUUCCUGAUCACUGAUGGCACUGUCAACAACACUGGGAAGGUGCUAGAGCUGGUGCGAAACCAUGCCUUCUCCAUCAGGUGCUAUAGCUUUGGAAUUGGACCCAACGUCUGCCACAGACUGGUGAAAGGGCUGGCAUCUGUGUCCAAGGGCAGUGCUGAGUUCCUGGUGGAGGGGGAGCGGCUGCAACCCAAGAUUGUCAAAUCCUUGAAGAAGGCCAUGGCCCCAGUCCUAAGUGAUGUGACUGUGGAGUGGGUCUUUCCCGAAACCACCGAGGUCCUGAUCUCACCUGUCAGCACAACCUCCCUUUUACCUGGAGAACGGCUGGUGGGUUACAGCAUUGUGUGUGAUGCCUCCUUGUACAUCUCCAAUCCCAGGUCUGACAAGAGGCGGCGGUACAGCAUGAUGCACUCUCAGGAGUCUGCCAGCUCCGUCUUCUACCACUCUCAAGAUGAGGGAACUGGCCCAGACAGUGCAGACUGUGCCAGGAGCUUGGGAACACCUUUCAGCCUGGGGCAGGCCAAAGAUGCCCGGCUAGUCAGUGGAGACUCCGCCACCAAUCCCGGUCUGGACCUCUCCCGGCGACGAAGGGCAUACAGCACCAACCAGAUCACCAGCCCCAAGCCCUUUCCAAGGGCCACCACGGCCAGUGACCCCACAGUGGCUGCCAGGAGAUACCCACUGCGUAAAGCCAAGCUGCAGGACCUCACUAUUCAGAGCAGCCCAGAUGUCCAGUGGUGGCAGAUCGAUUUGCAGCCCUUGCUGAACAGUGGCCAGGAUGUGAGCCAGGGCCCCAAACUCCAUGGACCAGGGGCCCGCAGGCCCUCUCUCCUGCCCCAAGGUUGUCAGCCCUUCCUACUCUCAGGCCAGGACACCCAGGCCUGGAGAGAGCUGGAUCCUGGGCACAGCCUGAAGCCUGCCUCAGACAGCCGCAGUCCUGGGGAUCUGGAGCCUUCCCAUCACCCCUCCGCUUUCGAGACGGAGACGUCCUCGGACUGGGAGCCUCUGGCCGAGUCCGAGGCGCGGGCCAGUUCCGGCAGGCCCGCCACCCCAAGCCCAGUGUUGGGCAAGGCCCUGGUCAAAGGCCUGCGCGACAGCCAACACAUGCAGUGGGAAGUGAGCUUCGAGCUCGAGCCCCCCGGUACGGGGCAGGGCGGUGCGGACGACGCCGACCUGUGGAGCAAGACCUUCCACCACCUGGCGGCCCGCGCCAUCAUCCGCGACUUCGAGCAGCUGGCGGAGCGCGAGGGCGAGAUCGAGCAAGGGUCCAACCGCCACUACCAAGCGAAUGCUGUGCACACCAGCAAGGCCUGCAACAUCAUCAGCAAAUACACAGCCUUUGUGCCUGUGGACGUGAGCAAGAGCCGGUACCUGCCCACCGUGGUGGAGUACCCCACCUCCGGUGCUGCACUGCGGAUGGCCAGCUCCCGGGUGCUGUCCCGACAGUGGAGGGACACAUCUGUGGGCUUCAGACGGCCCCAGACUGUGCUCAGAGAAGACUCGGCAGCAGGAGAUGGUGUGGAAGAGGGUCCAGCCACGCCCUUCACCGAGACCAUGUCUCCCAGUCGCGAGAGGCAUGUUGCUUCCGAAGGUCCGCCGCACAGUCUGUCCACCAAUACCCUUUCUUCCGUGAAGAGCUCAGAGACUCUCUUUGGAUCCAGGCUGAAUCUCCAGAAGUCCAGGCUGCUGACGCAAGCAGCCAAGGGCUUCCUGAGCAAGCCACUGAUCAAAGCUCCAGAGUCGACCUCAGGGAGCCAGAGCUUGGACUAUGUACCGCUGGUGUCUCUGCAACUGGCCUCCGGAGCUUUCCUGCUCAACCAAGCCUUCUGCGAGGCCAUCCACAUCCCCAUGGAGAAGCUCAAGUGGACCUCGCCCUUCACCUGCCACCGAGUGUCCCUCACCGCCCGCCAGCCUGAGUCUAAGACCCCGAGUUCCCAGCUGGCAAGCCACUCUCCUCAGCACGCCUCCUGCGACAGCUUCUCCCUGCAGCCUCCAGCCGAGGGCAAGCCAGGCUUGGAGCCCAGGGCGGUGGUAGAGCACACAGGGAAGCUGUGGGCCACGGUGGUGGGGCUGGCGUGGCUGGAGCACAGCUCGGCCUCCUACUUCAUUGAGUGGGAGCUGGUGGCCGCCAAGGCCAGCUCGUGGCUGGAGCAGCAGGAGGUGCCCGAGGGCCGCACGCGGGGCGCGCUCAAGGCCGCAGCCCGGCAGCUGUUUGUGCUCCUGCGGCACUGGGAUGAGAACCUCGAGUUCAAUAUGCUCUGCUACAACCCGAAUUACGUGUAG